AUGAAACCACCCAGAUUCAAUGGAAUAAUAGCCUCAGCGGCCGAGGGAGAGUCAGCUCGCGUCCUGACGGCCGAGAUAGACUGUCUUUUAGAAAAACGAGCCAUCAGAGUAGUGCCAAAGGAAGUGAGCUGUCAGGGCUUUUAUUCCCGUUACUUUGUGAUCCCAAAGAAGGGGAGCAUAUCUCUGCGUCCAAUUCUAGAUCUCCGUGUAUUAAACGACUCUAAUGGGCAGAACUGUGAACGGCGUUUGGCCCCCUCAGCUAAUUCACAAACACAUAAAUUACUUGGAAUUGUUGGCAGUGUUUCUAGCGCUGAAACAUUUUCUGAGCUUCAUCAGGGGUCAGCAUGUUUUAGUGAAAACAGACAAUUCCACAGUGGUUGCUUAUAUCAACCGACAGGGAGGCACACGCUCUCUUCAGCUGCACCAGCUGGCAAAAGAGCUGAUUGUGUGGUGCGACAUAAGUCUUUUAUCCAUCAGGGCAACCCAUGUUCCAGGGAUAUUGAACAGGGGGGCAGACUUGUUGUCCAGAGGAAAUCCCCUGUACGGAGAGUGGAAGCUUCAUCCCCAGGUGGUGAAGCAGAUAUGGCAGAGAUACGGCCAGGCGGUCGUAGAUCUCUUCGCCUCGCAGGAAAACGCCCAAUGUCCUCUGUACUUCUCUCUGGCAGACGGAAAUGCACCAUUGGGUGUGGAUGCUUUAGCCCACCAAUGGCCAAAUGUCCUGCUGUAUGCAUUUCCCCCUCUGAGCCUGAUUUCACCCACUCUAGCCAGGUCUUUGAUGAAUGGUGUGGACGGAUUCAUAUUGUCCCUUUUCAAUGUUCAGUGAGGGACAUUUUAUGUUUCCUGCAGGAUCUGCUAGAUAAAGGGAAAGCUUUUUCUACAAUAAAGGUAUACUUAGCGGCUAUAUCUGCUUGUCAUGUGGGUUUUGGUGACAAGACAGCAGGUCAGCACCCUUUAAUAAGUCGAUUUAUGAAGGGGGCACGACGUAAGAGGCCAGGGGCCAGGCGAAUGGUCCCAUUGUGGGAUUUGUCUACAGUCUUAGAGGCCCUUUCUCAACACCCUUUUGAGCCAUUGGAAGCUAUAGGGUUAAAGUUUCUCUCGCUCAAGACAGCACUACUGUUAGCGCUGGUGUCAGCUAAGAGGGUGAGUGACUUACAGGCACUGUCGGUUAGCCCAUCUUUUCUGCAGUUUUCUGCAGGGUUUACAAGGGUUUCCUUUCGCCCUAACCCGGCUUUCGUACCUAAAGUAGUGGAUUCGUCAUAUAGAUGUCAAACUACAGAUCUUUCAGCUUUUCACCCUCCUCCGUUCUCUUCUCCAGAGGAGGGGAGGUUGAAUGCCUUGUGUCCUGUACGAGCACUUCGUGUGUACGUAGAAAGGACAGCAGGUUUCAGGAAAAAUGACCAACUGUUCGUGUCAUGGGCUACUCCUCACAAGGGGAAGCCAUUGUCACGUCAGCGACUGUCCCACUGGAUUGUAGAAGCUAUUUCCUUAGCAUAUGCAUGCAGAGGUUCCCAACCUCCCGAGGGCUUAAGGGCCCACUCAACUAGGGGCAUGGCGACAUCAUGGGCCUUACUCAGAGGUGUUUCGGUCCAGGAGAUCUGUGCUGCAGCAAGCUGGGCCACACCGCACACUUUUGUGCGAUUUUAUAGACUGAACGUGUCUGAGCCAUCCUUAGCUCAUGCAGUGUUAGGAGUCAGCACAUCAAGUCCCAUAUGAUUGGUAUAGCGUAUGUUGCAAUCCGGGAGUGGUCUAUAUCUCCCAUAGUGAAACACCGAGCGAAGUUAGAAAAAGAACGAUGGGUUACUUAACGUAAUCCCAGGUUCUUUGAUAACAGAGUGAGGUGUUUCACCAACACUUCCCUCCUUGCAUAGGAACGGGAAGA